UGCUGAUAAAGGUUAUCAGUAUCGAAUGAUGAAAUUUUUUUCAACCAAAAAAUGACCGAAAAAUGGAAUAAUUUUCGUUUCUAGCGAGUUUUUUUCCAUUGAAAUGAUUUAUUGGAUUAAUCGACCCGCUCCUGUUUGAUGAUUUCUACUCUCCGAACCUAUAAAACGCUUACAUUAUGAGUAGGACUGAUACUACCACAAUCCAUAGAGUGUCUCGAGACAAGAUACCUGCCGGUAGUAAAGUGCUUACACGAGAUGAAGUAUUCAAUCAUUACGCGAAAUUGGUUCAAAAAUGGCAACCAGCCUCAGAAGUAUGGCCGCUUAAAUAUGGAUGGUGUGUACUGGGAGCAGCCGCAUGUACAGGGAAUUUCUUCAUAUUAAAACAAUACAGACAACGUUUAAAACUAACCGGUGCUGUUUACGCAGCUCUAACGUUAGGAUGUGGGCUCUUUCCGUCGAUGUGUGCUCCUCUCGCUCACCUUAUGUACGUUACGAAGGAUAUAGUUAAUCAAAAGGAUUGCUUGGGAUGUCUUCAUAUUCGCGCCCUCACUUGGCAACUUGGUUGCUCCCUGCUGUAUGCAGUGACCGUAAACCCACUGUUGUGCUUUUUGAAAGCUCAACAUCUAGCUACCUACAACGUUCCAGGUUACAGCACUCCGGAACAAAGACGUAAAAUGUGGCAGUUAUACGUUAAAUUUACCAGACGUGCUUCUGGAUCGAUAUACCUUCAUGGUAUGAUAAAUAGUUUAGUUGCUACUGCAGUCACAGCUGGUGAAGUUAAGUCUUUUAUUAAGAUGAACGAAAAAUUACUCAAGAAGAAUCAAGAAGUAGUUGAGUUGAAGAAAACAUUGCCUCAGUAGUUGAAUAAGAAGAGUUUAUAAUGGAUUGAAGUUUGUAAAUAAAAAUGUUAUGUGUGUUAUCUUCGAAAUAAACGCGCUUUUCGGAGUGAA